GUAUUACUGGAUAUUCAGAGGGUCAAGUGAUUAAUGGCAAGGCUAGCAAAACAGAAGAAGUAAUUGCCGAAGCUAAUCGGUUAAAAAAUAUCGAGAUCCAAUUUACUAAGAUUAAAGAUAAAGGAAUUCAGAGCGGAGAGGAUUAUUUAAUUGAUGCUAAUGAUCAAGUUAAUGAAGAAGUCUUAAAUUCCCUAAAAAAAGACCUCACUGAACAAGGACUAGAACUAUUUGUCAUUCAAAAUGGUUUAGGUGAUAAAUUAUUUGAUAAGGAUGAAGAUGACAACAUUCACUUAAAUGCAACAAAGUUAGCCCAAGUUCACAAUUAUUUAAAUCAAUUAGAGACUAUCAAUGAGGAAUUAGAACUAUUUAAUGAAGAUGGUACUAUUAAUAAUGAACAUUAUCAAAAAAUAAAUGAGGCUCUUAUCCAAACUCAUACUCUCCAAGAAGAAUUAUUUGUUGAAGUUAACCAAGAUAUUUUAAAUGAGGAAAGAACAGCGAUUGAUUAUACUAAAUUAGGACAAGUAAUUGAAAAAGCCCAAGCCCUACCGCUUUGA